AUGAAUCACCAAGUUCAAACCUCUGUCCUGGUCAAUAACGAAUGGGUGUCAAGGCCAGUCGAUGCAUAUCAAUUCAUGGCACAAGCCCGAGAGUCUGACGGCGACAUGCCAAAGUCAACCGCUAAGCCCAGGAAUCAGGUACCAGAGCUCGGUAUCCUCUCGAGGACUGUGUUCGCAAGCCCGCUUUUCAAAUCUGUCCGACCCGCCAACGUUCGAAGCAAAGACCUCAACGACAUCGUGUUGAUUGGAGAAGAUGCUCUUCAGCUGAAAGAGAUUCAUGACUACGGACGUUUACGCCAUGUCGCAACCAAGUCUGACUUCAAGGGCCGCAUCCUCGCAGCCAGAGUGUUUGGUGACCCUCGUGAGAUCCCAGUCAGCGUGGCCAGUCCUCUGCCCAAGCAGCGCCCGUGGCACCAAGGGAGAAGAUCUACAACAGGAGAGGAAGAAUGUGUUCUUCCACCUGAGGUCCUCGUACUUGCCCUUACAAAUAGGACUCUUAUGUUCCUGUGGGCUCGCCAUACUCGAAAGGGUGCAGUCACUUUUAGCCAAAGGGCUGUCAGGCUUCCCGCGGGAGCUUCACAAUUCGAUCGUUUUGGCACUUUUCUAGCGAUAGAUCCCAAGCAGCGAGCCACGGCAGUAGCUGCGCAGGAGGGGCGCUUCAUACUAUACAAGACGAAGUCUAUGCAAAAGUGGCGCAAGGAACUGCGCAACGGCAUGGAUACUACGCCCAUCGAAGACGAGCGUAUCAUGCCGAUCGAAGGUCGGGUUAUGCAUAUGGAAUUCUUGUCGUCGGGACUCGCACAGGAUGAGUUCCACGUUGUGCUCUUGUUCGUUAUCGCAUUACAGGGCAAGACGAAGAUGACAUGCUUUGACUGGGACUGUAGACAAGAUCUUAGUACUGCUGCAGUUCGGACUGAGCGGGUUGCUGUGGACUAUCGCGAUAGCAAACGCCGGCCGCGCUGGGUGGAGUGGGACAAGACGCCUCGCAAUCCAGACUUCCCGAAAGAAGCUUUCUACGUAGCGCGCGAAGAUGGAAGAAUCAUGUACCUUGAAAGAGGUCCGACCGGCGUGGACACCGUGGAAGCUGGUGACUGGCCUCAUCGUAUCGACACUGCCUUUGCCUGUUUGAGUGUCGACAAUUCGGAAUACUCUCAGCUAUAUCCUGAUGUCCUGAUAGCAGGAGGCGCUGGCAACGAUGGACGCCUCUGCAAACUAGGAUCUUGGCCAGCUGAAUACUCGUAUGCCUCAUAUCCCGUAUCCAACGAGCUCUCUUAUGUUGAUUCGAUAUCGAACUGGACGCCGUUGACGGACCUUUCGGUGGCGAGUCCCUCUGGAGGCCCAAUGCCUCAAGGGCGUGAUCGCUACUCUAUCUUUGUAGCCAAUGGGUCCAGCCCACAUGGUGAGAUAUCUGAGCUGCGACGGGGUGUUCGUUCACUCAUUGACCACUCGUUCAGUGGUAUGACUGGCUGUACCGGUAUCUGGGUCGUCGAUCACGGCAGCCAGACAUUGGAUAUCGAUGGAAGAGUGGCCAGGCAGCACUAUGCAUUAUUGAUCAUCACAAUGCCUCCGGAAACCCUCUUGAUCCGCAUUGUUCGAACACAGAGCGAGAUCCGCGGAGAUUUCUCCGGAGCAUGGGAGGACGGCGCAUGGAAAGUGGAUCAGAUACCCAACGAUGACGAGCCUACUGAGGAUGGAGUCAUGAGAGAUAUGGAAACCAUUACAGCUUGUCCUUGGACAGAGAAACUCGCAAUACAGAUUACCCGAGACGAAGUACGGGUGCUGCAUCGGCCCAGUCUACAGAAGAGCGAUUUAUUCUCCUGCACCAGCUCGAUCUUACUUGCUGCUUGCAGGCCUGGAUUUCCUUUCGUCGCAAUCACCUUCCGUGAAUCCGGAAGAACAUACUUGGAGGUGCUGUGUAUAUCAUCAGAUGGGAUUUUUGUGAAGACUGCAUCGCAGCACAGCAGAUUUUUGUUGGACCAUGACCCAACAUGCAUAGAACUUUUUGAGGUUGAUGGCACUAUGUGCGUCCUUGUUGGGACGUUUGGGUCGACCAUAUACUUCUUGAAGGUAGACGAGAACGGUGACCUUCAUGCGAUGCUCAAUGACUCCCUCAAGAGCGCUGAGAACGACGAAAUUCGCAUGAUACUGGAAAGCGCAUCCUUGCUUUCCACAAAAGAGCAGCAGACAUUGGUUUGCGCAACACGCAAUGGAUAUCUCCUUAGCUCGCGCCUGCCAAAAACCAAGAGCAGUAAGUCCUACGAGUUGGUUGCGAUGCCAAGACUGACGCCUACAGAUGCAACGCAUCUCAGUUGGCAUGUAGUGAAGAUGGGCACCACUUCCGCCAAGAUUACCGCGAGCGCCACGGAUACCUCUACAGCCUUUGUGUCAUGCGGUCCGGACUUAUGUCGCGUACGCUGCUCAGCCAGCAACCCUUCCAUGCUGGACGUCGACUCCUUAUGGUUUACAAGCCGUUUUAGGCCAGGAUACCAGCAGUCUGCUGUGACAGCAUUGUAUCAGCUACCUUUCUCCAAUGACAACAAGACCACAGGUCGAAACCUGGGUGGCUUUAUGUUUGUCGUAGCAGGUGAUGAGUUCCACUGCUCACAGCUCGACACAGACAUUCGAUGGACAGCUCAAGAUGCCUCGCCUUUAUCGCGAGACGAUAGUGGACCCGUGCCACGGAAGCUCCUUACCGGCGCUAGACCUACAAAUGUCACCUACUUGAAGCCGACGCGCAAAAUGGUAGUAACCACUAUGGAGGCUAAGGAGGGCGAAGCUCCCCCGAACGGAUACAGAGUCCUGCAUUCAGCCAUCAAGCUGCUCGACGUACACGACCACAAGGCAGUGGAGGAGGCAGAGAUCAAGCAAGAAGACCAGCAUGAAUAUGCGAACAAAUUGGUCGCAGCUCAGUAUAAACUAAAGCACGGCGAACGAGUCUACUCAAUCGCUGAAUGGCUCUUCGUCGACCCCGGCAACAGAAAGUUUAAUUUCAUCAUUGUCGGGACUGGAAUUCCGGGUAGCGCUGGUAAAGAGACCGGAAGGCGCCUAGUCUUCAACGUUGGCAAGAAUGAACCAGCCGCGAAAUUAGAGUUGAAGAAAUACUCCAGCUUCGGCUAUCCCGUGUAUUGCACAGCCGCGUAUAGCAACACCCAGAUCGUCAAUCUGCCAUCAGCAGCCAUCCACAUCACCAUCCGCGACAAGUACGUUCACGUCUCGACGCUACAGCAUUCGCACCUAUGCUACAUAAUAGACGAAAGCAACGGCAAACCCGAAUUUAAGCGACUCUUCAGCGACAGCCGCGAGCGCAACUGCUCAACCCAUCUCGUCGUCGACAUACCCAACCUCUCGGGCCAAGACACCAUCGUCCUCGUCAAUGACAAGAAAAGUUCCUCCGUCACCGGCCUGCACCGUACUACCACCAAAACCCACAAGUUCGCCACCCCAACCCUCUUCGAAGCAUGCCUUCCGCGCACCGUUGUCCGCAUACAACAAGGCGACAUCCGCCCGCCCUGGCGCCGUCCCGCAGCACCAACCAUCGGCGUGCUCAACAACGACAUCAUCGGUGCCUGUUCCGACGGCACAAUCUACACCUUCUCCAUCCUCUCGCAACCCGCUCGCCACUUGCUGCGCUUCCUGCAAAACCUCAUCGAGGAGAAAGACAAGCGCGACCCAAUGAACCACGUCACCGGCAGUCUCUCAGACGUACUCAUGCACGGCGCAGAUGGGAAUCAAGAAGAUAAGAUCCGCGCGCUGGACGUUGAUCCGAGGGUGAAAGAGCGCGGCAUGGCGGGACCGCGGUUCAAGGCUAUCGAUGGCGAUUUGGUGGGGAGGUGGAUGGACGUUGACGGUGAUUUGGAGGCGUUGGUGGGAGAGGGUACGGAGGCGAAUGUAGGCAGGAUUUUUACGGAGUUUGUGGCGGAGGUGUGGGAGGAUGAGAUGGAUGCUAUGGGGAAGGUUAGGGGGUGGUUGGCAGAGGUGUUCAUGCCUGUGCUUUGA